AUGACAGACUCAAAGCCUCAAUUACACCUCACAGCCUUUAUGCGCCCUGUGUCUCUCCACACAGGUGCCUGGCGGUAUCCAGGAUCUUAUCCAGAUGCGAAUUUCAAUUUCAAGCAUUUGACCUAUUUUAUCCAGAAACUAGAGGCCGCUAAAUUUGACGCCUUCUUCAUGGCCGAUCAUCUCGCAGUGCUAAACAUGCCCGUUGAAGCGCUUAAGCGCAGCCAUACUGUCACCUCAUUUGAACCAUUUACUCUUCUUUCGGCUUUGUCAUCGGUCACCGAGAAAAUAGGUCUUGCCGCCACUGCGAGCACUACAUAUGAUCUACCAUACCAUGUUGCACGACGCUUCGCUAGCCUCGAUCAUCUGAGCAACGGGCGCGCAGCAUGGAAUAUUGUAACCACCGGAAACCCGGAAUCGAGUCAUAAUUUCGGGUUUGAUGAGCAUAUGGCUCAUGGUGAUCGAUACAAGCGUGCACGCGAGUUUUACGACGUCGUCACUGGACUAUGGGAUAGUUUUGCCGACGAUGCCUUUUCACGAAAUGUUGAAACAGGUGAAUUUUUCGAUCCAGCAAAGUUGCAUGUUUUGAACCACUCCGGGGAUGAAUUGAAAGUGCGCGGGCCUCUGAAUAUUGCAAGACCACCACAGGGUUGGCCGGUGAUUGUACAGGCCGGACAGAGUGAGCCUGGAAAACAAUUAGCUGCGGAGACAGCCGAGGUUGUUUUCUGUAGCCCGAAAGAUAUCGAAGGGGCAAAGGCACUUUACGCCGAUAUUAAGGGUCGAGUAGAGAGGGCAGGGCGCAAGAGAGAGCAGCUGAAGAUAUUACCUGCUGCGAUGAUUAUUGUUGGGGACAGCAAGGAAGAUGCACAGGAGAAGAGACUUCGAUUGGACAGUCUUGUGCACUAUGAUAGUGCGAUUGCAUCUUUGUCGAUUGCUCUAGGAACCGAUGCUAGUGUUUUCGAUGCGGACAGUCCGCUUCCUACCGAAUUGCCUGAGACUAAUGCGAGCAAGACGGCUCGAGAGGGCGUUGAACGGUUGGCGAGGCGUGAAGGGUUGACUGUUCGUCAAAUUGCACAACGGUAUGGUGGAUACUCUGGUUUAGCAUUCCUUGGGUCACCGAGUGAUAUUGCAAGCGAGAUGGAGACUUGGUUGAAAGAAGAAGCCUCGGACGGGUUCACGUGCGUGUUUCCUUUUUUGCCCCAAGGGCUGGAGGAGGUAACGGACAGAUUGAUUCCGGAGCUUCAACGUAAAGGCUUGUUUCGGCAAGAUUAUGAGGGCUCAACUUUGCGUGAGCAUUUUGGCUUGGAAAGACCAGAAAACCAAUUUUUCAACAAGCCGAAUUGA